AUGUUUUCCACUCUGAUGAGACGCAUGGCCUCGUCUUCAAAGGAAGGCCUUCUCAAGAAGGCUCCUCUGACGGUGGCAACCAAUCCUUACAAGGCCCGAAAAGUGUGGCCUCCGAACUUCAAGCAGCUUACUGUCCAGCAACAACUCCGGUUUGAGAAGAAGUACAAGCGUCGCAUUAUCUUAGCAAGUCGAGCACCGCGAUGGGUGAAAUUUGUCAAGACUGCUCAGCUCCUGACGAUUGUUGCUGCAAUGAUCUGGAUCUGCUUCUACUCCGAGUUCGAAUGGUGGGGUCAGAAGUAUAAGCCUUCUGAAGAGAUUCGUAAGAAGACACAAUAUCUAUUCGGCACAGUCGAUCCGGAGAAGCGAUACGAACGACGACCAGAUGCGCCGCCUUUUCAUCCCCCAAAGGACGAGCCAGAAUCAAAAUAG